AUGCAGCGCCGCCGUAACCAGUCGCAAUCUCCCUCGUCUUCCCCCGGCCCUCCGCCAACCGUCCGCGCAAUGGGGACCCCUCCGCCAGCGCCUCUUUUAGGAGAGGCGGCGGAGAUGUCUUCGCGAAGCAGCAGCGCCUUAGGCGGCGGUAGUGGUGAUAGCACUGACAGCGGAGGUACUCGUGGGGGAGGGGGAGGCGGAAGCGGCGGAAGCGGCGGAAGCGGCGGAAGCGGCGGAGGCCGGGGUCCGGUGUUCACGCGCUCUCUGUCCACUAACUCCCCGACGUUGUCGCCCGUCCACCCCGCGUACUCCGCCGGAAAUUCCGCUCCCAGUUACCCGCCUCCUGCGUCCACCGCUUCCCCGCCUCUACCCGCGGCUCCUUCCGCCAAUGCUCCGCCGUCCGCCGCGCUCCCCGGCCCCGCGCUCCCCCCGCUGUCGUCGUCGCACGCGAGCAUGUUUGUGGGACAAUCGCGCGCCAUGAUGAUGCUGCUGGACCGUUGGACGGGCCGCGUCGUACAGGCGAGCGGGUCCGCAGUGGCGGCGGUGGGGCUGAGCCGCGAGCAGCUGGCGGACGUGUCGCUGCUGGACGUGGCGCAGGGCGUGCGCAUGGCGCAGUGGCGCUCCGCCGUCGCGGACGUCUUUGCGGGGGGCGAGGGGGGCACUGCUGUGCUGCGCUUCUCCCUGCCAGAGUCCCUGAGGGGUAAUCUAGCGGGCUACAGCGUGGACCUCACGCUACAGCCCUGCCGCCCCGUGCCCGACCCACGCGCUGUCGUCGGCACUCUCGCGCUCGUCCGCUCCUUCCCUGCUUCUGCUACUGCUGGCGCUGGAGUUGGUGCUGGUGCUGGUGGUGUUGGUGUUGGGGGUGGUGGGGGUGGUGGGGGUGGUCGCCUUCCUGUGCCUUCAUCUGCUGCUCGUGCCGGGGGCAGCAGCAUGGGUGGAGGGGGGGUUCCCGGUCCUGGUCCCCUGCCGUGUUCUGUCAGUGUGGACACUGCUGCUUCUCUUGCUGCCAUGGCGAAUCGGCAACACGUCAUGAUCCCGACCAGCGUCAGCGCCACAUCAGAUGAUAACGACGACGCCGACGGCAUGUCUUCCUCCGCUGCCGCUGCUGAUGGUGCCGGUGCUGGUGCUGGUGGUGGUGCAGGUGCAGGUGCUUCGGUGGGUGGGUCAAAGAAGCUGAUGCGGAAAUUCGCCUCUUUGCUCUCCGCAGGAGGGAAGGCUCCCUCUCGCCUAGCCUCGUCCCCAGGCUCGGAUAGCGGAGGCUCGGCGCCGCUGUCGCUUGUGAUCUCGGAUCAGUCCCCGUUUGACAGUGGUCCGGACAGUGGCGGCAGCAGCAAGGGAGGGGACGUUGAAGGCUUGGAGGGGGAUGAUGAAUCGGGCGGGGGAGGAGAGGACGAGGGGAGCGAGCUGGAGGAGAGUGUUGGAGAGGCAGGGGACGGGGGGGACGGGACCCCGGGGGAAGACGGGGCGGAAGGAGGUGCGGGAGGGGGCGAAGGGGGAGCGGGUUCGAGAGGAUUGGGCUUUAAGCCUCCUUUGGCACUGGGAGGAGGUGUGGGCGGGGCAGGCACAGGAGCAGCAGCAGGGGGAGUGGGUGUGGGUGUGGGUGUGGGGGGUGUGGGAGUGAGUGGAGGUGUGGGGGAGCGGGCAGCAAAGCCAGCGCGGAGGCGGUUUAUGGAGGUGCAGACGCCAGGGCGGGCCAUGUGGCGGUCGUCCAGCUUCAAGAGCGGACGCGACAGAGAGAAAGACGAGGCCGCGUCCGCAUCGCUAGCGGAACUGGGCGAGGGGGAGGUGCCAGCAGCAGCAGCAGCAGCAUCAGCAGCAGCAGCAGCGGCAGCAGUGCCGUUGUCGGUGGUGACGGCGGGGGAUUUGAUUCAUGGGACGUCUGCGCCUAGUAGUCCCAGGGCGAGCAAGGUGGCUGAAGGGAGUGCGAGGGUCUGA